AUGGAUUCCAAUGCUUCUGCUGCCAUGCGGCAACCGAGCAUCAGCCUUACAGCCCCAGCAACAAGCAGCCGCACCAUUCCUCGCCAGGAUUCUCUGGCAUCUGGUCCCAAGAUCAGUGUGCCCUCCCGCACAGAAAAGACAUCCUUCCUUGUGCAGCAGCCCAGCUCCAAGCUCUGGAUGGAGGCUGUCCCCAUGAGAGUCGGAACAAAGGCGACCACGACUUACAGAGUGUACAGCAAUGCGUUCAUGGAAGGGCGGCAGCAGGACAGCAGGCUGGGGCGCGGCAAUGGGCGGUCGGGCAUCCCAAGCAUCCAGUCAACCUCUGUCACGCUCAGGCAGCCCGCCUGGUCCCGCUCGGGUGCUUUGGUGUCGUCAGGCGCUCCUGCCAGGCAGGACGGUGCGCGCCGCGGAGCGCCGGAGGCGGCCGGGCCCCGCGUCGGCCCGCCGGCCCCGCCUCAGCGGCAGGCGUCCUUCGACCUGAAGCAGACCGGGCACGCUGUGGCCGAGCGCAUGCUCCAGAGGGGGUAUGUGGUGCGGCCGCGGCGUGAGGACCUAGCAUCGGAGUCCCAGGAACUUGCCGUGAGCGCGGCCUCCACCGGAGAGGUGCACCGCCAGGCAAGCGCAUCAAUAGCAGCCAGCAGACGGCGCGACUCGGGCAGCCCCGCAGAAACCGCCACAAAGCAGGCAGCCACCGCAAAAAUGGAUCAGGAGCGCCAGCUGGCUGCGCUGCUGUCUCUGCCGGACCUGUCAAACGCCUCGCUUGCUGAGGCACAGGGCUCCUCAAAUCUCAUAUACAUCCUGAAGACAUUACAGGAUCAUGGAGGCAUGAACCCCCAGCGGCUGCUACAGCAGCUGCAGGCGGCUAUGAAAGAGUCGCCGAUGCAGCAGGCACUUCUGAUGCACAUGCUGCAGGAGUCGCUGGCAUCACCCAGCCAGCCACAGGCCCCCACGCGACAGGAGAGUGAGUACAGGGAGAGGGACCGUGAUAGGCACAGGCGCGAGCCGGUUCCGGACAGGCAUAGGGAACCGGAUAGACCAGCUGUUUCCCCAAGAAACGCGGACUUGGCUGCCUCACAACAGCGUCCGGCAGCCAAAAGGAUCUCGCACGAGGAGAUGGAGGCAUCGAUGCGGCGCAUGGGGUCAGAGCCGGAGCAGAUGCGCGUGCCGAGCCGAGCAGGGCCCAGGUCGGGCAAUGUGUCACGGCUGGGCAGGGACCAUGCCCCGGAGCCGGACCGCCACAGCAGGGGACCCCCACCGCAGGGGCAACUGGCGGAGGACCGGGCGCGGGUAGCCACUACCGCUCGCCAAGAUCAGCCCUCCACCACGCUGCCACGUCUUGUGUUCAAGGACACCACGGCGCCCAGUGACAAGCAACAGCGCAUGAACCCCUUCGAGGGGCUGCGCAUGCAGCAGUACAAGGCGGCGGCGGCGAAGGAGGAAAAUGCCACGGCGCGGCCGACACGCCCGGCUGCGGCGCAUGCCGCUGACGCCCCCACUGCCGUACGCGAGGCCAAAUGUGAGCCCGCGCAGCCGGCGGCCGGCCCGGCAUCCCAGCCGACAGGCGACGCUGGGGAUGCACAGCCGCCUCGUCCCAGGGAAGACAACCUCAGGCAAGCAGCUGCCGCCACGCUCGCGCUGCUGGAAGCGGCCAAGAUGCUGCUGUGCCUCAAUAGUACCGAGCCGGUGGCCAGGGGGGACCAGGCACCGGCGCAGGAGGGCGCCUCCCCGCCACCUGCUGCUGCUGCUGCUUCCAAGGAGGAGCCCCAAGCGGCUGCAGAGGAUGCCCCCACUGAGGCAGGGAACGCCUCCAUUGUGAGCCCCCUGCAGGCCCUUGUGCAGGACAUCAUGCAGCAGCAGAAGCAACGUGCCCAGGAGAGCGCUCUGGCAAAGCUGCCAUUGGGUGUCAGCCGCAUGGAGCGGCGCGGGGGGGACCGGACGGCUGCGGCCAUGAGCGACGAGGAGGCAUUUUCUCCGCCGGCCCCUCCCGGAGGCCGCAAACGCGCGCCCAGGAUGAUGGGCCUCAACAGCAUCAGGGAUCCGGGGCCAGCGCCUGUGAUGGAGGAGGCUGUGGGGAGCGGCCUGCUGCGGGAGCCCAGCGGCAGGACCCUCAAUGUUCUGGGCUUUGUCGUGCCCUCAGCGCCGCGAACUGGCCAUAUUGCCCGAGGGGAUGGCGCGCCCGCAUUCGUCGAGCUGCCGCCACCGUCGCGGCAUCCAGGAGCAAGCGGCAGCGUGGGCGAAAGCAGCGGGGGGAGGUCCGAGCCCGGGGGCCCCAGCGCGCUCUCAGGCGCCUCUGCAGAACGGCGCAUCUCCCACAGCCUCUCCGGCCGCCGCGUCACGCGCCCCGUCCUGCACGACUCCAGUGUUGAGUUCUCGGAGGAGAGUUCGGAAGAGCAGCACACCACCGACAGCGAGUCCUGGGACACCAGCAAAGAGCCCCGGCAUCGCAGGCGACGCAGGAAGCGGUGA